CUAAUGACUAUCAGCCGCUGAUUGGUAGUUGUCCAGAAGCAGGAAAGGAUGAGAGUCCUGAGCGAAUUUUAAGACAGAACCUGACUAGCAAUACCCCUCAAUAUUUCUUUCACCUUCUGGAAGAUUAACUGAUCAUUGAGAAAAGCAAUCAUUCAAUCCCCAGCCUGGACUGAAGAAGUGGGAGUCUUCAAUAGGGAGGUGGAGCAGAGCAGCUCCUCCCCAGCCUUUUUCUGGCAUUCUCCUGCUUUGUCACCACCAGUGAGUGCCAGAAGCUCAGGAGAGGACAGGACUGGAAAGCAGGUGGAAUUUCCUUCCCACAGAGGAUCUCGCCAAAGAAAAUGACCAAGAUGAGAAUCGCCGUGAUUGGAGCUGGUGUGAGUGGGCUCAGCUCUAUCAAAUGUUGCCUGGAAGAAGGUCUGGAACCUGUGUGCUUUGAGAGGACCAGUGACAUUGGAGGGCUCUGGAGGUUUCAGGAGAAUCCAGAAGAAGGGAGAGCCAGCAUUUACAAAUCAGUGAUCAUCAACACCUCCAAGGAAAUGAUGUGUUUCAGUGACUACCCCAUCCCAGAUUACUUUCCCAACUUCAUGCAUAAUUCUCAACUCAUGGAGUACUACAGGAUGUAUGCAAAAGAAUUUGACCUCUUAAAGUAUAUUCGUUUCAAGACUAUUGUACGUAGUGUAAAGAAGCGGCCCGAUUUUGCCACUUCAGGCAAGUGGGACAUAGUUACUGAAUCGAAUGGGAAGCAAGAAGUGAAUGUCUUUGAUGGAGUCAUGGUUUGCACUGGCCAUCACACCAAUGCUCACCUGCCCCUGGAAUGCUUCCCUGGGAUAGAGAAAUUCAAAGGUCAAUACCUCCAUAGCCGGGACUAUAAAGACUCAAAGGGAUUUGCCGGAAAGCGAGUUAUUGUGAUUGGCAUUGGGAAUUCUGGAGGAGAUCUUGCUGUGGAGAUCAGCCACACGGCCAAACAGGUCUUCCUCAGCACUAGGAGGGGUGCAUGGAUACUAAAUCGUGUAGGGGAUAACGGAUAUCCUUUUGAUGUUAUUUUCUAUUCCCGAUUUAAAUCCUUCAUUUCAAAGUUCUUAAGCCUAUCUGCAAAGAACUCAUUUCUGGAAAGAAAGAUGAAUGCAAGAUUUGACCAUGAAAUAUAUGGUCUGAAGCCUAUGCACAGAGCUCUGAGCCAGCAUCCAACAGUCAAUGAUGACCUGCCCAACAGAAUUAUUUCUGGCAGAGUGCGGGUCAAGGGAAAUGUAAAGGAAUUCACAGAGACGGCUGCCAUCUUUGAAGAUGGUACAAGGGAGGAUAAUAUUGAUGCCGUUAUCUUCGCUACGGGCUAUAGCUUUGACUUCCCCUUCCUUGAAGACUCCGUCAAAGUGGUCAAGAAUAAAACUUCCCUGUAUAGGAAGGUGUUCCCGCCUAACCUAGAGAAACCAACACUUGCCAUCAUCGGCCUGAUCCAGCCCCUGGGAGCCAUCAUGCCCAUUUCAGAACUCCAAGGCCGAUGGGCCACACAGGUAUUUAAGGGAUUGAAGACCUUGCCUUCACAAAGUGAAAUGAUGGAAGAAAUCACUAAUAGUAGAGAAGAAAUGGCCAAAAGAUACGUGGAGAGCCCCCGCCACACCAUCCAGACAGACUUCCUGGAGUAUAUGGAGGAGCUCGCUGAGUUGGUGGGGGUGAAGCCCAACCUGCUGUCCCUGGUCUUCACUGAUCCCAAACUGGCGUUUCAUAUGUUCUUUGGGCCUUGUACCCCCCUCCAGUACCGCUUACAGGGCCCAGGGAAGUGGGAUGGAGCCCGAAAAGCCAUCCUCACAGUGAAUGACCGUAUCCAGAAGCCAUUGAAGACAAGGAUGGUAGGAAAAAAUGUCCACGAUUCCUCAGUGAUGAUGAUGGUUGGCAAAUGGAUGCUGGCUGUCGUUUUCAUUUCCAUCAUCUUAGGUUAUAUUUAGCUCUCGAGCUGUUUGCAUCAGCUCUAAUGGGUUAGCCAGUUCAAUAGUGCCUUCAGAGUGCCAAAAAAAGAAACUUGUAGAGCUUCUCUCAACUCUUCUGCGGGGGGAUUUCCUUUCCAAGCAUCCCUCUUUUUCCCCUUCUACCCAUUUUCAUCCAUUCAGUUUUCUUUCCCUGUUUGCUCUGCGUUCCACCCAAAGCUCUAUGUCCACUUUGGCUGAGACACCACUAGCAGUUACUAGGGGAGCUCAACUAAAGUGAUCCAUCCAUAAUACAGUCCGUCAUUGUCCCAGAAAAGCAGCUAGGGCACAGAGCUCCAGGCCUGGAGUUAGGAAGACUCAUCUUCAUGAGUUCAAAUGCAACCUCAGAUAUUUCCUAGCUGUGUGAUCCUUACUUAGCUUUGUUUGCCUCAGUUUCCUUAUCUGUAAAAUGGUCUGGAGAAAGAAAUGGCCAACUAUUCCAGUGUCUUUGCCAAGAAAACCCCAAAUGGGGUCACAAAGAGUGAACAACAACAAACUAUCAGGUAUCAGGGCUGACUGUGGAAUUGGCUUCUGUCUUGGAAUUUGUUGAAACCCAGAUAAGAGAUUCAUCUAGAAACCCUGAUGCCCCCGAGAUUUUGCAAUCCAUUUUCUGCUUCUCAUGGUCAGACCUUUUCCGCUUUCUUACCCCUUAAGAAAGUUGACUGGAACAAAUUAUUGUUUGACUAGCCCAGACUAAUAGGAUAGUUUCAUUUAAUCAGAACAAAGUUAGAUAUUCUGUGAUUAGAAGUAACCAGACUUAACCAGGAGAAUCUAAGACUUCUGUCUACUUCUCUCCUAUUCUGACGUAGAUGUCCCAAAUAGACUCAAGAAUAAAGAAGAGAAGUAUAAAUGGAGGGCCCAGAUUUAAGUCCUGAUCCAGCCGCUUGCUUAUUCACCAUAAUUAGUCAAAAUUCUCAUCAGUGAGCUGGGCUCUCUCUGCCUCCCUUAGGAGAUAAGAGAUCGUUCCAAGGUUCCAAGGCUCUCUUUAAGAAAGGAUUUCCUUUCACAUCCCAUCACAAGCUAAUUUUUUGUUUGGAACAACUCUUGUGCAAUAUUAUGUAACAUCUGGGAGCAGUGCCCGACCCUGGACUGGUUAAACAAACAACACUAUUUGCAGAUGCUGAAGGGGUGAGCGUUCUGGAAAUUAAUGGAAGGCAGAAUGACAACUUUCUCUAAAUCAGAGCUGGCCUGCCAUAUAGACUCUGCUUUUUCUUGAGCCUCCUUAAUCAUUUUAUAGCAUUUCUCAGUUAUCUUGUAAAUAUUGAGGCUGACCUUUAUGGGUUGAUUUACAUAAUUACAUAAUUCACUUUAAUUUUAUUUACCUUUCUUUUCCAUUUCUGGAGUUAUCUUUUAGUAAAUAAAUUAGCUUAAUUAACAUGUGCUAAUAGGCCAAGGGAGAGAAUGCCAUUCCUGCUUGGAACAUUAUUCUGAGCUCCUCCUUGAAGGAUUUUCUCCAAAUCAGCUAUUCUCAAAGUAUGAAAGUAUGAUCCUGAGAACUCUGAAAAUCCCCACAUCCUUUCAGGGGAAUCUAUGAAAUCAAAAUUAUUUUCAUUAUAAAAUUAUGACAUUUUAAUUUCUAGUAUGGUAAAUACUGAGAUUUCAUUUAUAUGUGUGUAUGUCAAUAUGUACAUGUCUGUGCAUAUAUGUGUAUGUAUACAUACGUAUAUGUGUAUGUAGAUGUGUGUGGGAAGAGAGAGAGGGAUCAUAGCUGCCCUUUGACAGCAUUUACUAGCUGUAUGAUCCUGGGCAAGUCAUUUAACACUGCGUGCCUCAGUUUCUUCAUCUAGAGAUCUGGAGAAGGAAAUGGCAAACUAUUCUAUUGUCUUUGCCAAGAAAACCCCAAAUGGGGGUCACAAAGAACUGAACAUAAUUGAAACAGAACAAAAACACACACAUAUGUAUGUAUGUAUAUUAAAUAUUAUCUCAAAUAUGUUUAUGUAUGUAUCUUACUAUUUACCAUAUCAGAAAAUUAGCACAUAAAAAUUUGAAAUAUGCUAUAAUAUAUAUGUAUACCUUGCAUAUAUACAUAUAUAUAUAUACACACACACAUAUACAUAUAUAUAUAUAUCAUAUAAACAAAAGCUCUUGGUGGGGGCAUUCAAAAUUUUUAAGAGUAUAAAUGGACCUUGAGAACAAAAAGUUUGAGCCCCACCACUCUGAAGGAAAGAAAGUUUCCUCUGGGGCUAUUAACUUCUUCUCUUCUGAGAGCAAGGGACCUCGGUCUUCCUAGAACUAACUCAACUCAAGCAAUAAAUAAAGAUAAAAUAAUGAGUGCUUACAACAUGGCAACAAAGGUAUUUUAAUCCUAGAUAUAACUUUUGUAGUUUUGUAAUGACAAGAUAAAUGGAUAUUAAUCAGAUCAAUAUGGCUUACUUUAGUCAUGUGGAGACUUUGUUCUGCUAUGUUUGAUUAAAGUUGAAAAGUGAAUGUGUGAUUUUUGUUCUGGGAUUGGCUUAGAGUCCUAACACCAGCAUAGUUUCCUCUGUGAAUGAGAUACCAUUACCCAUUUGAUCUUGGUCUUUUUCCCCCUUUAAUCUAAACUACAUAAAUAAAUCAGCAGUGAAAUCUG